AACUUUAUCAUAAAUCGAAAAUUGAAACUCAAAAGAUCAAAUCGACUAAACGUAUACCCUAUUUGGACUAUUUAAACUGUAACAUGUCCAGGUUCAUAAACAAUGUGGCAUCCGAAACUUCCAAAUCAUGGAUCCGCCUCUGCUCGCACGAUGUAAGGAAAUGCAGAGGUUGCUACAUCUGCCUUCUCUAUUUACCUCAAUAUCAAUGGAUGGGAGUUUAUGAUAAGCCUCGGCUUCCUUGGAGCUACUUGUGUCGAACUCGGGAAAGGAGAUGCUAAGGCUGCGAAAUACUCUAUUAAAGCGACUCAAUCGAUUUAGACGGAGAGGCAUCUAAGUCUAAAAAGCGGCUCAAUCGAUGAAAGAACAUCAGGUCACUAAAGUAAAGGAAGCGAUGAUUGGCUUUGAGAGAGAGACUGAGAUGCUGAUGGAGAAACUGGUGACAGGGCCUCGGCAAUUAGAUGUGAUCUCAAUUUUUGGAAUGCCAGGACUUGGAAAAACAACUUUGGUUAAAAGAUUGUAUGAUCAUGAAGCAAUUUCCAAUGAUAUUCGCUUGUGGUGUUGUUCUUCUCAAUCUUAUGAUAAGAGAUCUCUCUUAUUCGAAUUAUUGAAUCACAUUUUUAAGCUUGAUACAAGCACCAAAGAAAAGAGCGAUGAUGAGCUAGCUGAGAAGCUAUACAGAUAUUUGAAGGGAAAGAGGUACCUUAUUGUUGUAGAUGAUGUGUGGAAUGAUGAGGCAUGGGAUGAUAUAAAGAGACCAUUUCCAGAUGAUGAUAAAGGAAGUAGAAUUAUUUUGACGACCAGACUUGAAUCAAUCGCCACAUAUGCCAUGAUCUCUUCGAGUCCUCAUUUCCUUCGUUUAUUCACAGAAGAAGAAAGUUGGAUGCUACUGAAGGAGAAAGUAUUCAAAGAAGACAAUUAUUGUCCACAAGAACUUGAGGAGAUCGGUAAGAAAAUAGCAAGAAAGUGUGGAGGAUUACCCCUUGCCAUUAUACUAAUAGCAGGUCUUCUUGCAAAUAAUGAUAAGGAAGUAAUUUACUGGCAAGAAAUAAGUGAAAAUUUGAAGUCAAAAAUAAAAGGUUGCAUGGAUAUAGUUGAAUCGAGUUACCAACACUUACCCAUUCAUUUGCAGAAAUGCUUUCUCUACUUUGCUUCAUUUUUAGAAGACCAGAAAGUUCCUGUUCAAAAACUGAUACGACUAUGGAUCGCAGAAAAUUUUGUUGAAGCUAGUAGUACAUCGAAGAGCAUAGAAAUGGUUGCCAUGGAUUACUUGAUGGAUUUAAUUAGCAGCAACCUUGUAAUGGUGGCCAAAAUAAAUUCCUUAGGGGAGCUUAAAGUCGUCCAUAUUCAUGAUUUAGUACAUGAAUUUAGUUUGGUAAAAGCUAAAAACGAGAACUUUUUGCUGCGGAUAAAUGGAGUAGGUGAACUUUAUUCUUCUCGCAGAAGUUGGCUGAGGAGAAUUGGUCUUGUUAUAUUUCCAAAUUCUGGGAUUCGUUGUAAACGUGUGAAUAUUUUAACACCUUCUCGAGCGCUUCUUGGAGAAAAAUUUAGAUUUGGACGAAAUAUCAACACCUUACGGUUCCUUCCUAGUGUAUAUUCUCCUAUUGUUGAUUAUGAUUUGACUUGGAAACAUCUAGGAGUAUUAGAUUUGAGUUCCGUAAGGCUACGCCAGACACUUGUAGAUGCUUUACAACAUCUGAUUCAUUUGAAGUAUUUGGAGUUGCAGUUGUAUUUUCAUAACAUUGCAGAUUCAAUAUGCAACCUGAAGAAGCUAGAGACAUUUAUAGUGACUGGAUACCAUAGUCAAACCUGCAUUCCCAUUACCAUUUGGAGUAUGACAAGCUUGAGACAUCUGCAUAUAACUCCUCUAUAUACCUAUCAACCGUUACACAAUCUUGACAACUUACAAACAUGUUCCGAUCUGCUUAUUUUUCCUGGGAUGUAUUACCAGAAUUUUAUGAAAAGAUUUCCCAAUCUUGAAAAGCUCAGUUGUCAAUUAUAUGGCUCAGGAAAUCCGUCUAGCAAUUUCUUUCCUGCUUUUGACUCUCUCAGUCAAUUGAAAUCUCUCAAGAUUGGUGUCUCUGGGGAAUUGGUAGAUCCCUAUGGUUUUGAAGACUUUACAUAUCCGUCAAACCUCAAGAAAUUAACUUUAGCAUGUCUUGAACUUCCCUGGAGUAGAAUCUUAACCAUCAGCAGAUUAUCCAACCUUGAAGUUCUGAAACUCGAAGGAAAUGCCUUCAGAGGGAGACAAUGGGACGUUAAGGAUAGGGAUUUUCCUAACCUUAAAGUUUUGAAAUUAAAGGAUCUACGAAUCUCAGAAUGGACUGCCUCUGAUGACUCAUAUCCUAGCCUACAGAAAGUACUUGUACAAUGGUGUUGGAACUUAGAGGAAAUCCCUGAGAAUUUUGGAAGCAAGUGUACGAUGCAAAUUAUUGAGGUAAGAUCAUGUCGCUACUCUGUUGUAAAUGCUGCCCUCAAAAUUAAGGAAACACAAAUUGAGGAGAUGGGGAAUUCUCAAUUCAAGGUCAUUAUUUGUAAGUGAAAGUCAAUAGUCUUGAUCAGACUGGUCGUUCAGUUAGAUAACCUUGUUUUAUGUUCUGGAUUUUAAAGCGGACCUCCUGUUAUUUACUUGAUCUAAGAGCUCAAUCCCUGUCUUUAGAUUUUCUAAUAGAAGAGUUUUCCCUCGACAAACAACCUCCUCAAGUUCAGAUAUAUAAAGGUAUGGAGCAAUGAUAUUUUCUCUUUCAAUUGGCUCUUCUUUUUUCUUUGUAAAAUCUAUUUCACUUGUUGCUAUCAUUUUCUUUUUCCACCAGACUAGUAACAUCCACAGUAUUUUUUCACUCAUUCGAUCUUAUUUAGUUCAUUUGAUGCUGUCUUUAUCUUUUUCCCAAGACUAGUAACAUCCGUGCUAAUCGCUUUAAUUACUCAUUGCAUUGAGUAGAUGUUUUGUGAAAGAAAGGGAGAGAAGAAGGGGAUAUAGAUCAGGCGUCAUUGGACACUUUUAUUUUUAAUGUGCUACUAUUUGAUUGUAAUCUUGAUUAAGGUGUGAUCGAUAUCAGAAAAGGUUCAUUUGAAUGGGUUUGAUGCACCCCCUAUAGUUCAUAAGAACUUGAUCUUUCAUUGCUUAUAAAUUGCAAUUCUGCAAAAACUACUUCACCUUUUGCUUGGGCUAAGUCAAUGAUUAAUAUCAUCGCCUCUAUAAUUGCUGCAACCCGGCUUUUACCCCUCUGAGUGUGAUUUUUUGCUUAAAUUGAAAGAUGAAAGGAAAGAAUGUUGGCCACUGAAUGAGUGCAACUCCAUACUCUAAUGUCUAGCUGUGUUGCGACAUGAAUUCCAUGUUCAAAACAUAUGGUGAAAAGGAUAGUAUGUAUUACCAAUAGUGGCAGGCCAAACAUUGAUUACAGGUUGCCAAUGCUUCAGAACCUUCAAUAUUUCGUAUUUAUCUUGGACUGAACUGUUACUUUAUUUUAAAAAGAAGUUAGUCCCAAGCCAUGCAUUGAUCACAACAAGACUGAAUUAAGCUCCUUAAAGAAGCAUCUGCUCAAUCAAAUGAUAAAGAAUGACAUGGAUGUUACCGCUCUUGCGGAAAAUAGAAACUACUAUAUUUUAAAAAAGAGCCAAUUAAAAGAGAAAAGACCAUUGCUCGUUACCCCUAUAUAUCUGAAUUUGACUAUUGACUUUCACUUAGAAAUAAUGACCUUGAAUUCAGAAUUUCCCAUCUCCUCAAUUUGCAUUUCCUUAACUUUCAAAGCAGAAUUUACAACAUUGUCUCCGCAUGAUCUAAGCUCAAUCAGUUGCAGUGUACAAUUGCUUCCGAAACAUUCAGGGAUUUCCUCUAGGCUCCAACAACUAUGCACCAUUACUUUCUGAAGGUUAGGAUACGAGUCAUCGGAGGCAGUCCAUUCUGAGAAUCCUAGUUUCUUUAAUUUCAAAACUUUAAGGCUAGGAAACUCCCCAUCGUUAACGUCCCAUUUUCUCCCGAUGAAAGAACUUUCUUCUAAUUUCAGAACUUCAAGGUUGGACAGUCUGCCAAUGGUUGAAAGUUUACUCCAGGGGAGCCUAAGAUAUACUAGAGUUAAUUUCUUGAGGUUUGAGGGGUAUGUGAAGUCCUCAAAACCAUAGGGAUCUACCACCGCCCUCGAGACACCGAUCUUGAGAGAUUUGAGCUGACUGAGAGUUUCAAAAGCAGGAAAGAAAUUGCCAGAAGGGGUUCCUGAACCAUACAAUUGACAACUAAGCUUUUCAAGAUUGGGAAAUCUUUUCAUAAAAUACUGGAGAUCCCCCACCCCCCCAGGAUAAAUAACCAUACCAGAACAGGUUUGUAAAUUGUCAAGAUCCUCUAAUUGGUUUUCGGACAGAUCUAUAUAAAGAUCAUUUAUAUGCAGAUGCCUCAAGCUUAUCAUGCCCCAAAUGGUUUUUGGAUUGCAGGCUUGACAACAGAUUCCUGUCACUAUAAACGUCUCUAGCUCCUUCAGGUUGCAUAUUGAAUUUGGAAUGUGAUCAAAGUACAAGUACAACUGCAGCUCCAAAUACUUCAAAUGAAUUAGAUAUUGUAAUGCAUCUAUACUUGUCCUACACAGCUUUACGGAACCAAAAUCUAAUACUCUGAGAUGUUUCCGGGAUUUACUCAAAUCAUAAUCAACAAAAGGAGAAUUUACACUGGGAAGGAAUCGUAAGGUGUUGAUAUUUCGUCCAAAGCUAAAUUUAUCUCCAAGAAGCACUUGACAAGGUGCUAAAACAUUCACACGUUUACAAUGAUUCUCAGAAGAUGGAAAUAUACCAAGUCUGGUUCAAGCAGGAGAAGAAGCAUCAGAUCGAGGCAUUAUCAUGAUAAGCAGCAACAAGAUACACAUAACUGAUUUUACUUGCCCAAUUCUCCUCAGCCAACUUCCGCGAGAAGAAUAAAAUUCACCUACUCUGGUUCAAGAAAGAAAAGAAAGGUAAGUUCCAUUUUCACAAGUUCACAACAACAAGAAACAUUAAAUUUACUUACUCAUUUAUCCUCGGCAAAAAGUUGUCCUUUUUAGCUUGCACCAAGCUAAAUUCGUGUAUUAAAUCAUGAAUAUGGACAGCUUUGAUCUCCCCUAAGGAAUUUAUUUUAGCCAUCAUCACUAGGUUGCUCCUAAUUAAAUCCGUCAAGUAAUCCAUUGCAAUCAUCUCUAAGCUCUUUGAUGUAAUACUGGCUUCAAUAAAAUUUUCAGCUAUCCACAGUCGUAUCAGUUUUUGAACAGGAACUUUCUGGUCCUCUAGAAAUGAAGCAAAGUAGAGAAAGCAUUUUUGCAAAUGAAUAGUAAAUUACUUCCUUAUCAUGUUCUGCACGAAGACCAGCGACCAAUACAACUGCAAUCUAAUUGCCGAAGUCCAGUCACAAGUUGAUCCAUAAGCAUUUCAGUCUCUCUCUCAAAGCCGACCAUCGUUUCCUUUGCUUUAAUGAACUUGAUGUUCUUUCUAAUGGCGGAGGGAGGAAAAAUGAAGGAUGAAGUCAGUACCGAUGAGCUCCAAUUUGGCCCUUUGGUUUAACACCACCUACCAAAGGAAAGUGCAGAAAUCUCUAGUUAAAUUAUUACCACCUACCAAAGGAAAACGAAAAGAUCUAUUAGCUGCUUCGAAUAAUGAAUGUCAUUCAAAUCCUCGCUAUAUUUCUGUGGAAAAAAAAUGAAGAAUCUUAUAGAAAACAGUUUUGUCAUCUUACUUUUCUAAUACCUUUUCUUAAAUUAGUUGAACAUGAUAAGGUUGAUAUAAUACCACUUGAUUCCCUU